AAUGAUCAACCCUUUCUUUCUGUGAACAUCAUUCUGCAGCUCGACCAAUAUGUCCUCCAGUAUCGAACUUAUUAAUCCUAAGGCGGAGAGCGUGAGGAGAGCCGCAGCGCUCCAGGUCAACACGACCGGAGCGAUGGGUCUCGCGAGUGUCGUGAAGAGCAAUUUGGGACCAAGAGGAACCCUCAAAAUGCUUGUAGACGGUGCUGGGCAAAUCAAAAUGACGAAGGAUGGCAAGGUCUUGCUCUCAGAGAUGCAGAUCCAAAACCCGACCGCCGCUAUGAUUGCUAGAACUGCUGUUGCCCAGGAUGAACAGGUUGGAGAUGGGACGACAUCCGUUGUUCUAUUGGUCGGAGAGCUGUUGAAACAGGCCGAUCGUUACAUUUCUGAAGGUGUACACCCGACAGUAAUCGGUGAAGGUUUUGAUGUGGCUAAGAAAGAGGCUUUGGCUUUCUUGGAAAGCUUCAAGCGAUCAGUCACUUUGGAUCGCCCUACACUCAUCAAUGUCGCCUAUACCUCUCUUGCUACCAAAAUUAACAAUGCCCUUGCAAAGAAGCUUGCUGCCGAUGUAGUCGAUGCUGUUCUCACUAUUCGCCCACCACCUCCACCGAAAGAUGCGAAGGAUCAGUACCAAGAACCUAUUGAUCUCCAUAUGGUUGAAAUCAUGAAGAUGCAACAUAGGACAGCAGCUGAAACGCAGCUCGUCCGAGGUCUUGUCUUGGACCACGGUGCAAGGCAUCCUGAUAUGCCCAGACGCGUGGAAAAUGCGUACAUCCUGACUCUGAAUGUCAGUCUGGAGUACGAAAAGACGGAGGUCAACUCAGGGUUCUUCUAUUCAUCAGCUGAACAACGAGAAAAGCUCGUAGAGUCAGAAAGGCGUUUCACGGAUGAGAAGUGCAGAAAAAUCGUUGAACUGAAGAGACUCGUAUGCGACCAGGCCGUCGACUCCAAUGAAAAGCCAAAGAACUUCGUCAUAAUCAACCAGAAGGGUAUUGAUCCGCUCAGCUUGGACAUCUUUGCCAAGAAUGGCAUUCUGGCUCUUCGUCGAGCGAAACGACGAAACAUGGAACGAUUACAACUUGUCUGUGGUGGUACCGCUUCAAAUUCCGUCGAUGACCUGACUCCUGAUAUUCUCGGUUGGGCCGGUUUGGUGUACGAGCACACUUUGGGCGAGGAGAAGUUCACCUUCAUUGAGGAUGUUAAGGAACCGAAGAGUGUCACUCUCCUUAUCAAGGGUCCCAACCCUCAUACGAUUCAGCAGACACAGGACGCAUUGCGUGAUGGCCUGCGGGCGGUAAAGAAUGCGAUCGAAGACAAUGCGCUUAUUCCUGGUGCUGGUGCGUUCGAGGUGGCUUGCGCCGCUCAUCUCUCCGGCCCUGUGAAGAAGAACGCCAAGGGCCGCACAAAGAUGGGCGUUCAGGCGUUUGCGGAGGCUCUUCUUAUCAUCCCGAAAACUCUAGCGGCCAACGGUGGAUUUGAUGUUCAAGACGCUGUCGUUAAGCUUCAGGAGGAGCAGGCUGAAGGUAAUACCGUUGGUAUUGACCUUCAAACCGGCGAACCCUUCGACCCAACUGUCGAGGGUAUCUGGGAUAACUACCGCGUAAAGCGUCAAAUGCUUCAUUCAUGCUCCGUGAUUGCUGUCAACCUGUUAUCUACAGAUGAGAUUCUUCGUGCAGGUCGUAGUUCUCUCAAACCCGAUGGGCAGCAGUAAGUAUUAAUAGCGACGUAACGAGAAUCUACAUUACCGCUCUUGACUGUUCGUCGCGACCGCCGUAUACUCUGCCUGGUCUACUUGUGCAAUGGUAGGUCGUGCCAAACCCGAUAACACACAUCUCGAAGCCCUCCCAAGUUAAGUCUAUGUGCGCGCGGAAAUUUUCUCUUUAUCAUUGAAAGUGAUACGAGUGACCGUGCGAGUGCCAUGUAUGCAAAUUAUAAACGAUCGCCGUAGAACACAAGUAGUAUUAACCCUAUCGGAGGAGUUCUAUCCUAGAGGUGAGCGCUGCUUCACCUUCGAUAAAAGAAAUGAUGGUUGCUCCGGGUUCUUCCCAUCACUGAUGAGUUUCUACUUACCUCUUUGAACGUAGUACAAAGCAAAUAUUGCCGCAGGUCGCUUGCCGCCCCGCGUCUUGGGAGUCCUGAAGUACCUUUCUUAAUUCAGUCAGGGCAAAACACCCGGCUCACUUUACGCAUGCACCUCGUUGGACCAAAUGCAAUCUUUCUUGGUUUCAGGUAUCUUAGGUGAAACAUUGUCCACGACGGUCUUCCUGUGGAUGGAGGUUCUAUCCAAGACAGUGUAAACGACGGCAUAUAGCGGCUAACAUAUGAUAUGAGAAAUUUCACCU